GGGGUGGCUGUCGGCCAGGUGGGGAAGCCGGGCUCCUGGGAACGUUUUGCUGGGGACGCUUUCAUCGGCCGGCAGUGGUUGUAAACUUGGCCGUUCCGGGACCCUGGUGGCUGCUACCAUGAGGUUAAAUCAGAACAUCUUGCUGCUGGGGAAGAAGGUGGCGCUGGUACCCUACACCUCAGAGCAUGUACCUAGAUACCAUGAGUGGAUGAAAUCAGAGGAGCUGCAGCGUCUGACAGCGUCUGAGCCGCUGACCUUGGAGCAGGAAUAUGCGAUGCAGCACAGCUGGCGGGAGGAUGCGGACAAGUGUACCUUUAUUGUGCUGGAUGCAGAGAAGUGGCAGGCCCAGCCAGCUGCCACCGAAGAGAGCUGCAUGGUGGGAGAUGUGAACCUCUUCCUCACAGAUCGAGGGGACCCCUCCUUGGGGGAGAUUGAGGUCAUGAUUGCAGAGCCCAGCUGCAGGGGCAAGGGCUUCGGCACUGAGGCUGUUCUCAUGAUGCUAUCUUAUGGAGUGACCAGGCUGGGUCUGACCAAGUUUGAGGCUAAAAUUGGGGAAGGAAAUGAACCAAGCAUUCAGAUGUUCCGAAAACUUCACUUUGAGCAGGUGGCUGUGAGCACUGUCUUCCAGGAGGUGACGCUCAGACUGAUGAUGAGUGAGCCAGAGCGGCAGUGGCUUCUGCAGCAGACCAGCCACGUGGAAGAGAAGCCCUACAGAGAUGGGUCAUUGGAGCCCCACUGACAGUUGGCCUGGUGGGCAGCCACCCUGUGUAAACGGGUGUGUCAGGACCACACACUCCAGAAGAGCAGAACCCUGCAACAGGAGGUGAAUGGACAGGGCCUGCAGGGCAGAGUGGCCCUGGCCCCACUCCAGGCUGGGCAUCUCCUUUCGGGGCCUUUCAAACUCUAGGUCGGAUUUGCCUUGGCCUCCCUCAGGCUGGCAGCGACUCCAGGGCCAGCCCCUUCUCCUGCCCAAACCUGGAUUCAGACUCUCAGAACCUGGAGUGGACAGCACGAAUCCACGGGAGGAGGCUGGGUGGGGGUAAGCUGGAGAUGAAGGGGGCCUGGUGAAUGGGCAGGACCUCCCUUUCCCCUGCAAGGCCAGAGGCACAGCCCUGGCCAGCAGUAAAGCACACUGUACGGCCA